CCACAGUACUGAGCUACACAUAUAUGCAUGCGGGCGUACGCGUGCGUCCUCCGUGCGUUUAGCAUAACGUGUGCGUCUGCUCCGGCCGUGGAACCGCUGACAUGAGGAGCUGAAACUGAACCGACACAAGGAUGAAAAUGCUCCGGUUUCGCAGCCCCAGCAUCCGCUCCUUGGACCAGGAGAUCCUCUGCACGAUCCGGUUACUGGACGAUUCCGAGAUCUCCUGCAGCAUUCAGAGAGACACGAAAGGCCAGUUCCUGUUGGACCAUGUGUGUAAUCACUACAACCUGCUCGAGAAGGACUACUUUGGUAUUCGAUAUGUGGAUCCUGAGAAACAAAGGCACUGGCUGGAGCCCAACAAGCCCGUGGUGAGGCAGAUGAAGUCAGCUCAGCAGCCGUACACCAUGUGCUUCAGGGUCAAGUUUUACCCCCACGAGCCCAUGAAGAUCAAGGAGGAGCUCACCAGGUAUCUCCUGUACCUGCAGCUGAAAAGAGACGUCUACCACGGUCGUCUCCUCUGUCCUUUUGCCGAAGCUGCAUAUCUGGGAGCCUGCAUCAUCCAGGCUGAACUGGGGGACUACGACCCUGAGGAGCACCCCUCGGACUACAUCCGGGACUUCAAGCUUUUCCCUAAACAGUCCCUCAAACUGGAGAGGAAGAUCAUGGAAAUACACAAGAACGAGCUCAGAGGCCAGUGUGCCGCGUUAGCAGAGCUCAACAUGCUCCAAAGGGCUCACAGCCUGGAAACAUACGGAGUCGACCCUCAUCCGUGCAAGGACUUCACAGGCUCCACUGCCUUCCUCGGGUUUACAGCCACAGGGUUUGUGGUUUUCCAGGGAAACAAGAGGAUCCAUCUACUAAAAUGGGCCGAUGUCAGCAAACUAAAGUUUGAAGGGAAAACGUUUUACGUCAUUGGAAUUCAGAAAGAGAUCUCCUUAACAGGCAGGAUUCACUGUAACAGGAUGUCAUCACUGAAGAAACUGGUGUUGACGUUUCACACCUCAACCCCUGCAGCCUGUAAGCACUUAUGGAAGUGCGGGGUGGAGAACCAGGCCUUUUACAAAUGUGCAAAAUCAAGCCAGAUAAAGACAGUUUCCAGCAGUAAUAUUUUCUUUAAAGGCAGCCGGUUCAGAUACAGUGGGAGAGUCGCCAAGGAGGUGAUAGAAGCCAGCUCGAAGAUCCAGAGAGAUCCACCAGAAGUGCACAGAGCUCAGUUUGGUCAGAGUCGAAGUUUCAACUCUCUGAGCCAUAAAAAUCUCAUCAUGAACAUGGAGCCUCUGGUCCCCGCGCUGCCCUCCACCAACGAGUACGAGGAGACGGCUGGAGACAGCGGUAUUAUUGCAGUGAAGGACUCCGUCCCCCUGACUCCUCUAAAACCUUCUGCUGCGUCUCCCGAUAAUGAGCAUCAGAGCACUGAUGAAGGAAACUCCGCUUUGGGCAAUGACCUGCAGCCUGCCCGUGUUUCCAUGGAAACCACCAAUCUCCGACCUCAGUCGCCAAAAGCUGAAGACCAUGCUGAAGAGGAGGAAGAGUCCGGCGGAGCGCUCACUAUUUCUGAGCUCACCUACAGCCCCUGCGCCAGCAUGCUUCCCACCCCGGUGGAGGACAGUCAGGGAGGCGUGGACCUGCUCUUCUCCUCGCCGGUCCAGAGCCCGGCCAGGCUGCUCAGAGAGCUGCACGCCGACCCCGACAUCCAGGCCCAGCUGGAGGCCGAGAGGGAGCGGGACCGGGCCUACGAGCGCACCCGGCUGGCCGCGAGGAGCCGGAUGGGCGGGGUCCUGUCCAGCGGCCUGCGCCUGCUGUCGUCCAACGAGAGGCUCAACGCGUGCGUGCUGAGCGUGGCCCGCUUAGUGGCCGUGGUCAUGGGCGUCCUGCUCGUCACCGUGCCCACGCUGCUGCUGCUGCUGGAGUCGGACAUCGACGUGUCCUUCCUCCACGAGAUCCGCCAGACGCCGGAGUUUGAGCAGUUCCACUAUGAGUAUUACUGCCCGCUCCGGCGCUGGAUCCUGUGCAGGAUCAGCAUGGCCAUGGAGAACCUGUGGUCAGACUGAAGAGCAGGGAGGAGGCACUGCAGGAGAGACGAGGACGCCCAAAUGUCUGUCCAAACAUGUGAUUUUAUCCUCUUUUCAGUCUUAACUGGGUUUUGUUGAUGCUCAA